AUGGGGCCUGUGCGACCCAAUAAAACUAACUCACAAUGUAAAGAUGCAUCCAAAAACGGUGAGGAGAGCAGAGACGAAAACUGUUUUACUUCCAAGCAAAUCAAAGAGGAGCCAACCGACACCACUUUCAAUGAAACCUGCCAUGUAACAAAGAUUGGAGAUUGGGAAUUUGAAGGCCUGGAGGUGACCACUAAGGCAGAAAAUGAGCCAUGCAUAACUGAAUGCCAAGAGAAGACUACAAAGGUGGAGGCAGUGGCAAACAAUGACGAGGUGGUUAAGUUGUUUGAAGCUUUUGAAAGAAGGGUGCUGCUUAAAUUAGAAACGAUCGAAGCCAACUUCAGCAAUGCCCAUAGGAGGAUAAUGGACUUGCUGGAGGCCAGACAACAGAUGACAUCCGAGGAGGACGUUGGUGACAUGCUGCCGGAGCCGUGCCAAACUGUAGAGAGCCUGGAGAGCUUAUGCCUCCAGAUCCAGUCAGAUGCUUUGUUUAAGAAGAGAAUAGUGAGCAUGCUCUCUCGCUUUUUCGGACUUUUCUGCUUUUGCGCGCUGAGCUCUCGCCAGUUUACGCGCGGCCAGGCGGACGACGGGCGGCGCUUCAUAUGCCGCGCCGUGCCCGCCGACGGCGCCGGCUGUCCGGUGACCCUCCUGCCGGACGUGGCCGCGGGGAGCCAAGAAGAGGAGCUCCGAAACACCGUCAUGCAGCUCCGGGAGACCAUCCUGCAGCAGAAAGAGACCAUCACCAAACAGCUCGGCACCAUCAACGAGCUCACCACCAAGCUGUCCCUCUGCGCCUCCGCCUCCGACGACAGGCGGCUGGACAGCGGAGGCUCCUGGGGCAAGCAGAAGCAGAACACCAUGGGGGACGUACCCAGAGACCCUAACGACACCAUAGACAAUCUGGGGAAGACCAUGCAGGGCCUGAAAGACCGGUUGGAGAACCUGGAGCAACAGCAGAUGAGGGCCAACAGCUCGGGCGCCUCCUUCCCCAGCGAGCUGCGGGACCUCCUGCAGCGGCGGCUGGGGGAGCUGGAGGAGCAGCUGCUGCGGAAGGUCAACAACCUGGAGGAGGAGAAGAGCAUGCUGUCCAACGCCACGGCGGUGUACCGGCUCAAGACCGAGGGCACGCUCAACGCCCUGGUGGAGAGGAUCAGCGAGCUGGAGAAAGGUGGGGGAGACUUUAAAUCUCCAGAGCAGUUUAAGCUGUCCCUCCCCCAGCGGACCAACUACCUGUACGGCCAGAUGACCAAGAGCCUGCCAGAGAUGUACGCCUUCACCCUGUGCAUGUGGAUCAAGUCCAGCGCCAGCCCCGGCAUCGGCACACCCUUCUCCUACGGCGUGCCGGGCCAGGCCAACGAGAUAGUGCUCAUCGAAUGGGGCAACAACCCCAUUGAGCUGCUGAUCAACGACAAGGUUGCCCAACUGCCCUUAUCCGUGCGAGACGGGAGGUGGCAUCACAUCUGCGUCGCCUGGACCACACGGGACGGCGAGUGGGAGGCCUACCAGGACGGGGAGCAGCAGGGCUCCGGGGACAACCUGGCGGCCUGGCACCCCAUCAAACCGGGAGGAAUCAUCAUCCUGGGCCAGGAGCAGGACGUGGUGGGCGGCCGCUUUGACGCCGGCCAGGCCUUCGUGGGCGAGCUGAGUCAGGUCAACAUAUGGGACCGGUUUCUGAAGCCAUCAGAGAUCCAGACCAUGGCGAACUGCUCGGCGUACAUCCCCGGGAACGUGGUCUCCUGGUUAUCCAGCAACGUGGAGGUGUUUGGGAGAGGAGCGUUCAAACGGCCCCUGGAAGUGUGUCAGGACCGACUCCCCAACGCUUAG